GAAACCCUGUGAUGUCAUUGGUUUAUAAGUUCCGGAGACUUCAGGGGUGAAAAGUUUCGUGUUUUUCUGCAGAGCUCAGAGGAUUUGGCUCCAGAUUAAGUCAAGAUGAGCGCGUCCAGUUUGAGAGACUGUCAGGCCUGGAGAGCUGAGGGUCUCUCGAUGUCCACCACGAGCAACGAGGCCUGUAAAAUGUACGACGCUGUUCUGACUCAGUACGUGAAGUGGCGCAGUGACGAGACGCUGGGCGGGUUUGAGGGGUGUGUCUCUGCUCUACACACGGCCGACCCCAACUUUGUUAUGGGGCAUGUGAUUAGCACCGGGCUGGAGCUGAUCGGCACCACCACCUCCCCCCGACUGAGCGAGCGUCUCUCCGGCGCCGUGAAGAAGACGGUGGAACUCGCCAACGGCCAAGACCUCACCCCCCGAGAGCGACUCCACGUCCGCGCCAUGCAGCUGUUCUCCCAGGGGAACCUGCCCAAAGCCUGUGACACCUGGGAGGACAUUCUGCUGGACCAUCCCACUGACCUGCUGGCCCUCAAGUUCGCUCAUGAUUCGUACUUCUACAUGGGCGCGCAGACCCCCAUGAGGGACUCUGUGGCCCGAGUCCUGCCCCACUGGAAACCACACAUGCCCCUGUCAAAUUAUCUCAAAGGGCUGUACUCGUUUGGACUCCUGGAGACUCGCUUCUACGACCAGGCUGAGAAAGUGGCUCUCGAGGGUCUCUCUCUGGUUCCCGAUGAUGCCUGGGCGGUUCACGCUGUAGCUCACGUCUACGAGAUGAAAGCAGAAGUGGAUAAAGGCCUGAAGUUUAUGGGCGACAGAGAGAGUGACUGGCAGGUUUCGGGUAUGCUCGCCAGUCACAACUAUUGGCAUUGGGCGCUGUACUUCAUCGAGAAGGGAGACUACGACGCCGCUCUGCACAUUUACGACGCUCAGAUUUUCCGACGUGCCAAAGUCUCAGGGGCGAUGCUGGACAUGGUGGACGCGUGUUCUCUGCUUUACCGACUGGAAAUGGAGGGCGUCGGUGUUAAAGAUCGCUGGAGGGAGCUGUUCCAGGUGACGCAGCCUCACACGGACGAUCACGUGACUCUGUUUAACGACGCCCACUUCCUCAUGGCGUCGCUGGGCGUUAAAGACGACGGGACGUCCCAGAGACUUCUCCAGGGUCUGCAGGAGUUGGCUCGUGAGCCUGGGGAGAACCAGCAGCACCAGAUGGCGAGCGCCGUGGGCCUCCCGUUAUUCCAGGCCAUGACGGAGUUCAACCGGGGCAACUACGACAAGUCCGUGGAGCUGCUGUACCCGCUGCGCUACCGUAUCGUGGACAUAGGGGGCAGCGAUGCACAGAGAGACCUCUUCAAUCAACUGCUCAUUCACGCCGCCAUGAAGUCGGACAAUACCAGGCACCAGAAACUUGGAAGGUGUCUUUUGGUGGAGAGGGACUCGGUGAGGCCCAACUCUCCGAUGACAGAGCGCCUCAUGAAGACGGCGUUGGCGCUGCACGUGUAGGCAGAUCCAACAGAAACAUCAGAAACAUCAAAGUGCUAUGACGAUCCCAGGAGCUUGUCUGACUUUGGGGGGGAAAAAAUGGAAAAAGAAAAGAAAAAGUGGCCAUAUGUUUGUAGCUUUGAUAUUCUCACCUGCGAGACGCCUUGACAGUUUGAACAUUCCUUAAAGCGCUCAUAUUUAUGCUCUAAUGCGGUUUCCUCGUCACAAACAGACCUGGAGUUGUGUUUUGUUUCAUUCUCACAAAGAGUUCUUCUCUCAAACUGAAAACGCUCUGUUCCACCUUGUGAUGUCAUCGUGGGGUGACACAGGACGUGCCCUUAACUCCACACACCUUCACUAAAACCGUUCGGAUACUUUCAGAUUUGGAAUUGUGAAGAUCGACUGAACUAAAGGUAAAAGGAGCUGUUAAUGUGAAAAAUACCACUUGAUGACAUCACAAGGUGGAACAGAGCGUUUUGAGCUUUGGAGAUGUGACAGACUAAUAAUAAAUGAAACAAAACACAACUCCAGGUCUGUUUUUGAGGAGGAAACGGCAUCAGAACAUGACUUAAAUCUCUAUUUUGCAUAAUAUCCGACCUUUAAAACUAUAAAAAUAACUGCAUUUAUAUCAGUGUGGGGCCAGUUCUAAACAUUUCAAGAAAUACUGUAUUUAAUCUGAAACUGCAAACUGUUUUUCACAUUUUAGUGGCAGUAUAAACAUGUGCUCAAAAGUUGUUGCCUGAAUACUGCAAAUUUGUACAUUUAUCAAAAUAUUUUUUGUGACUAUACUUGGCAGUUUGAAAUUACCUUCAAAUAUCCAAACAGAAGUCGCCUCGUGCAAAUAAACUUUUUAGAGUUGUUUUACUGAAAAUAAAAAUAAACUUAGAGAAAUACAAGAGUGUCCUUAAACGACUCCAAACCAGAGGUGGAAGAAGUACUCAGGUUUGUUAAGUGAAAGUACAGAUACCACAGCAAAAAAUACGCAAGUAGAUUUUUUUUAUGUGAUACUUUUACUUAAAUAAAAGUAUUAAAGUACCC